AUGUUGGUGGCUUUUGUCGUGGUCAUCUUUGCCUGCGCCGUCGAGUCUCCGGUUGGAGCAGCGUCCGCUGAGACCCUGAGCCCGUCCGAUGUCCGCUUCUGCAAGGGAGGUUUAGAGGUGAUGUACCCAGAGCUGGACAUCCGUGAGUGUAUGGUCGUCCCUGCCGAGCUCAGGGAGAAGAUCAGCAAGGAGUGGGGUCCCCCACGGGUGCGGCUGGCUGAUGCAAAGCAGAAAAAGACAUACACCCUAAUGAUGGUGGACCCGGACGCCCCGAGUCGUAAGAAUCCCACGCGCUCCCGUUGGAGACACUGGCUGGUCACAGACAUCAAGGGUCGUGGACUGAAGAAAGGACAGAUCAAAGGCACUGUUCUGUCUGAGUACGGCCGGCCCACUCCUCCUAGACAGACUGGUUUCCACCGUUACCAGUUCCUGCUGUACGAGCAGCCGAAGGAUCAGACUCCAUCCCUCAGCCCUGACGAGAAGACCUCACUGGGGAACUGGGAUCCAAAGGCGUUUGUUAAGAGGUUCCGUCUGGGGCCGCCAGUGGCAGCUCUCCAGUUCCUCACCCAGAACCACCGGGACUAG